CAAGGAUAUUGCGUAUUACAGAGCAACAUGCCACAGCAGUCAAUACGGUAAGACCGUAUUAUAGGGAUAAAGAAUUGCCAAACACUUCCUUCUAUACAUCCUCUGUCCUCCCUUCAUUUGAUCAAUUCCAACUCCGCCUGAAACCUUGAACGCAACAUGGCAGCACAACACACAGAAAGACAACCAUGGAAAGAAGCAGUUGUUUAUCAAAUAUACCCUGCCAGUUUUGCAGACACAAAUGGCGAUGGCUGGGGCGAUCUGCCUGGUAUCAUAAGUAAGAUCGACUAUAUUAAAUCUGUCGGGGCGGAUGUUAUCUGGUUGUCCCCGAUCUACGCCUCUCCUCAGAAUGACAUGGGGUAUGAUGUAUCUGAUUAUCGGUCUAUACAUGCCCCAUACGGGACCCUUGCCGAUGUUGACCGUCUAAUUUCGGAGUUGCGUGCUCGCGGUAUGAAGCUGUGGAUGGACUUGGUAGUCAACCAUACCUCGGACGAACACAAAUGGUUCAAAGAGUCACGCCGCUCCAAGGACAACCCCAAGAGAGACUGGUACUUUUGGAGGGAUCCCAAGUACGACGCACAAGGAGUGAUGAAGCCCCCGAAUAAUUGGAAAGGAAUAUUCGGUGGCAGUGCGUGGACCUACGACGAGCCCACUGGCCAAUAUUAUCUUUCCCUCUUUCUGCCUACUCAGCCAGAUCUGAACUGGACAAACAGUGAGCUACGACAAGCCGUACAUGAUGACAUUCGGUUUUGGCUUGACCGCGGUGUGGAUGGAUUUAGAAUAGACUCAAUGAACUUGAUGUCCAAACAUCCAGACCUUCCAGAUGGCGAGAUUACUUCUCCGGACGAAGAGUACCAAUCUGGAGCGAAAUGGUUUGCCUCGGGGCCUCGGAUGCAUGAGUAUCUUCGUGAACUUCGCACCAAGGUAUUUGAUGCAUAUAAUGCAGUCACGGUUGGAGAGUUGGGCUUCACUAAGGACGUGGAAUCUGUUUCGAAAUACGUCGCAAAAUCCAGACAGGAAAUCAACAUGCUCUUUACCGGGGAUAUUAUUGAUAUGGACUUUGGUGUCACGGGGAAGUACGUCCCUGGUGGCGGCUUCCACCCUCGACACAUUCGAACGCUCACCGAGAAAUGGCAGACUGCCAUGCCUCAAUUCGAUGGCUGGAAUACUCUUUACCUCGACAAUCAUGACAGCGGCCGCUCAGUGACACGCUAUGGUUCUGAUGACCCGCGUUAUCGUAUAUAUGCCGCCAAAUUGCUUUCCACAUAUCUCACGACCCUCAGUGGAACCCUGUUUCUCCUUGCUGGACAGGAGAUUGGGAUGGCCAACAUGCCUAGGGACAUGGGAAUCGAGCAUUACAUCGACGUGGAAGGCCGAAAUUAUUACAUGCAAGUCCUUCAGUCUCGCGGUGGUGAUCACGGCAAAAUGGGAGACGUCAUGCAGGAGCUGCAGCUCAAAGCAAGAGACCAUGGCCGGCUGCCGAUGCAAUGGACGGCUGGGCCGAAUGCUGGAUUCACUGAUCCAGAGACUCGUCCCUGGAUGACUGUGAACCCCGACCACAAGAUGGGCUGGAAUGUUGGGGCCCAACGGGAUGACCCCAACAGUGUCCUCUCAUUCUGGAAACAAUCCUUGGUUCUUAGAAAGAAGUUUGCCGACAUAUUCAUUUACGGCGCCUUUGAGAUAAUCCCUGAGUCUGCCUCGCACGAGAGAGUGCUGGCAUACAGGAGAAAGGAUUACAGCACAGACAAAGAGGCAUUAGUCCUGUUAAACUUUUCGGAUCAAGAUAGCACAAUCACGGCCCCUUGGAUUAUCGGGUGGACAUUUCUGAGAGGAAAUUACUCAACUCCGCCAGUUCAUGGCGAGACAGUUGUGCUGCGACCCUAUGAAGCGGUGGUUUAUAGCUCGGGUUUCACUCUCUAAUGUAGGCAUAGAAAUCUCACUGUUAUUAGCACAUUUUCUUGCUGUUGCUUAUUUCCACAUCGCAAAUAAGUGAUAUAUUACCAUACAUCCAGC